UUGACACUAGUUCGAGCAUACAAUGGUUGGAAAGCUGCUGAAAGAACACAGUCUGGUUACGAGUACUGCUGGAAGAACUUUCUCUCUUCUCAAACUCUUAAGGCCAUGGACUCUAUGCGGAAACAAUUUUUCAAUCUCCUCAAGGAGGCUUCUCUGAUUGAUAACAUAGAAGGUUGCAGUAAGCUGAGUCAUGAUGAUCAUCUUGUCCGCUCAAUCAUUUGUGCUGGCCUGUUCCCUGGAAUUUGUUCUGUUGUUAAUAAGGAAAAGUCAAUCACGCUCAAGACAAUGGAAGAUGGACAAGUGCUUCUAUACUCAAGUUCUGUGAAUGGCAAUGUACCAAUGAUUCCCUUCCCUUGGCUAGUCUUCAACGACAAAGUGAAAGUCAAUUCUGUGUUCCUGCGAGACUCUACUGCUGUAUCUGACUCUGUGCUUCUUUUGUUUGGAGAUAAAAUAUCUUCCGGUGGAUUUGUAAGCUAUAAUCCUAUCCUAUCUUGUCAAAUUCCUUGUUGUUCUUAUUUUCACAUCUGAUUUACAUCAUCUCAU